AUGGGCACAGCGGGUGUACAGACCCGGGAACUCAGCACAGGGAUUGUGGGAACCCCUCAUAAAGGGCACAGCAGGUGUACAGACCCAGGAACUCAGCACAGGGAUGGUGUGAACCCCUCAUAAAGGGCACAGCAGGUGUACAGACCCAGGAACUCAGCACAGAGAUGGUGGGAACCCCUCAUAAAGGGCACAGCAGGUGUAUAGACCCAGAAACCCAGCACAGGGAUGGCGGGAACCUCUCAUAAUGGGCACAGCGGGUGUAUAGACCAGGGAACUCAGCACAGGGAUGGUGGGAACCCCUCAUA